AUGAAAAGUCCUUCGCCUAAAGUUAUAAUACUGUAUUCAACUGUAUUUGUGGAAGAAAUAUUAUAUUUAUUACUAUUACUUUACAGCCGUAUUAAUCAAGAAGAAAAUAAAGGAGUAGAGAGAGAUCGGAAUCCAUUUUUGUAUUGCCUGCAUCGUAGUCCAGCCAUGUCUGAAAGAGAACCAAUAAGUGGUACAAGCAAAGACUAUGGAGCUACUGCAGCUGUGCCCAACGUGGGCUUUGCGGACUUCAGUCCCACAGAGCUGUACAACUUGAGUGAGGGUAUAGCGGACAAUAUCAGCACAAUCAACACAGGACUACGGUCAUUGGAGAAAAUGAUGAAGCAGAUUGGCAGCCCCAGUGACAGUGUGCAGUUGAGGGAUAAAAUCCAUGAUACCCAACAAUCAGUGAAUAGCUCUGUGUCAGCAACUGCUCGCGACAUACAACGGCUCGGCGUGGUGGUACGACGCGGCGAUAAGCCACAGAAGCUGCAGGUGGAACGGCUGACACAAGCAUUCCGAGAAGCUCUCGCUACAUAUUCUUCUGUACAAAAAAAAGUGUCAGAGAAGAUGGCGGCUCACAUGCCGCGGCCGCCGCGCGUCCGGAACGACCCAGGCGCUCUCGAACAACAAGCCAUUGCUGACGACGAAGAAGCCUCGCUCAUCGCCAAUCAACAAGCUCAGGCUCGUCUUGUACAGUUUGAAACAAGUAUGAUGCUUGAAAGAGAAGCUUACAUCAAUAAAAUAGAAGCGGAUGUAUUAGAUGUGAAUCAAAUUGUUCAGGAACUUGCCCAAAUGGUUAAUCAACAAGCACAGUCUGUAGAAACCGUCGAAAGCCACAUAGAGUCGGUGAGUGCGAACGUGGAAGCCGGUGUCGAUGAACUGGCCAAGGCUGCCGAAUAUCAACGAAGGUAUCGCAGGAAAAUGUUCAUCCUGAGCUUGAUAAUCAUCAUAGUAGGCAUUUGUUUGAUCGUUUGGCUAGUCAAACAGUUCAGAUAA